AUGCCUCACCCACAUUACUCACCUUCAGAGAACCCUGGGGUAGGACUACAUGCACAUCCCCUGUCGUCACCAAUGACGGGGAGGCGGCAGUCUGCCGGAUUCGAGCGUGAGCUGCAACUAGAGCCGGACGGCGAGUACACACACCCCACCGACCGCACGCGUGCAUCUUCGCCUACCUACCCACACGUGGAUGCCCUCGCGUCGUUCUCGCGCCCACGCGAGCUCUUCACGAUCGCGUCGGAGGUCCUCGGCGUUGCGGAGCGCCUUUCUGACGGCGCACAGCGCGCGUACUGGGCGGGCUGGGCGGACUCGGUGUUUACACAAAUGAAGAUGGAGGCAGAGCUGGACGCGUGGCGCGCGCCGCUGACUGCUGCUCGGGGACGUGCGUGGCUUGUCAUUGGAAGCGCGCCGGUGGAAGAGAUUGAGAAGGCUCUGGAACGCGGUGAGGAGGGCGUCCUGGGCAGCAAGGAGGCCGAGGAGGCACGGGAGGGCCUGACCGUCGCAGUGGGCUUUCUAGAGAGGGCGAAGGGCGCGGCGGGGAGGGGUACCGAGCAGCAAGCAGAGCCGAGGGAGGGCGGGGAGGCGGAGGAUGUGUCGCCGUUGCUGGCCGAGGCGUUGUUCACAUUGGCGAAUCUAACGGCGGACGAGAACAAGCGUGAGGAGCUGUAUUCGCGCGCACAAGCUGAAGGUGGAGAUCGACUGGCCCUGCUCGACCUCGGUGAAGAUGUAAAUUUAGAAGAAUCUCGCGAUGACGCAAUGGACGAAAGCUAA